AAAUGGAGGUCAAAGCUCGUUCCAAAAGAUACAAAAAGAUUGAAUUUCUUGGAGAAGGACAGUUUGCAACUGUCUUCAAAGCUGAAGACCAAGUGACAGGACAAAUAGUAGCUGUAAAAAAGAUAAAACUUGGAAAUAGAACGGAGGCAAAAGAUGGAAUUAACAGAACUGCUCUACGUGAGAUCAAAUUACUUCAAGAAUUACAUCAUACUAACAUUAUUGGGCUUUUAGACGUCUUUGGUCAUAAAUCAAACAUAAGCUUAGUUUUUGACUUUAUGGAAACAGAUUUAGAGGUAUUGAUCAAAGAUACAAGUAUAGUCUUAAGCCCUGCCAAUGUCAAGAGUUUUACAAUAAUGACAAUGCAAGGUUUAGAAUUCUUACACUCACAUUGGAUUCUACAUAGGGAUAUGAAGCCUAACAACUUGCUAAUAGAUGAACGUGGAAUAUUAAAGAUUGGUGAUUUUGGUUUAGCUCGCUCUUAUGGUAGCCCAACCAAGGUUUACACUCAUCAAGUUGUMACAAGGUGGUAUAGAUGUCCAGAGCUACUAUUUGGUGCAAGGAUAUAUGGUACUGGUGUGGACAUGUGGGCAGAAGGGUGUAUUUUAGCAGAGCUGCUACUCAGAGUUCCAUUUCUUCAAGGUGGUACAGACUUAGAUCAACUCAGUAAGAUAUUUGAAACRCUUGGAACACCGAGUGAAGARACAUGGCCRGGAGUUUCCACUUUACCAGAUUACGUCCAGUUUAAAAGUUUUCCAGGAAUUCCAUUAAAGGACAUUUUCACAGCAGCUGGUGAUGACUUGCUUGAUUUACUUGACAGACUAUUGGACUGUAACCCUGAAGGACGUGUUAAUGCUACUCAGGCUCUAAAAAUGCCAUAUUUCUCCAAUAAACCUGCUCCAACACCACCACAAUAUCUUCCAAGACCAAAAAACGCUGUAAAUGACAAAACAGAAGACAAACAACCAAUAAAAAGAAAACUUGAAUCAACAAUCGACGAGCAAAGAAUGUCAGGGCUUGCCAAGAAACUAUUUUUCUAAUGGUAUCAAUAGAUCGACUAUGCCAUCAUGGUAUUGUACAGUAUUUAUUAUAUCAAAUACAUUCAAUUAAUGAAUCAGAACGGAGAGAUGAAAAGCGGAAAACGGUCUUAAGCGAAAAAAAGGAAAUUUUAUGCCAUAUACAAAACUUUAUCAUGCAUAUCACAAACGCGACUUUUUUCGCGCCAAAUCUGAUGUUCAAUYAAUCGCGCGUUUUGAUUGGCUAAGCUUGUGAUCGCACAAUAGUUUUAAUGUUUGCGCUUUAAAAAGCAGCAACAGU